AAAUUUUUUGCAGCGUUUUGAAGGGAUCCUAAAAUACGUGAAAGUUCACAUUAGUUUUAUUACAAUUAUCGCUAAAGAAAUUGUAGAAUCAUUAGCAAAUUGUUAAUUAAGUAUUGCAAAUCAGCUUUGCAAUUAAUAUAUUAAUUUUCUCUGCUAAAGUAUGGGUUCCAAUGAACGAGAAUCGCGGUCUUCAGAGUCACGUUCAGAUGAUCCACUAAAUGACGGCAUGGUGCCAUCAAAAAAAUCUCGCUCGGAUUCGGGCAAGUCCUCGGAACCGAAAAUUCCAUACAUUUCGCAGCCAAUUUAUGAUCUGAAACAGACAGGCGAUGUGAAAUUCGGUCCUGGUACACGUUCGGCACUACUUGGCCUAUUGGGUGGUGCACUACCAAAACUCAGUUCCGAUCAACAUGACACGGUCAGUAAGGCUAAAAAAUAUGCCAUGGAGCAAAGUAUUAAAAUGGUAUUAAUGAAACAAACAUUGGCGCAUCAGCAGCAACAAUUGGCAUCACAACGUACACAGGUGCAGCGUCAGCAAGCACUCGCCCUCAUGUGCAGAGUAUAUGUCGGCAGUAUUUCAUUUGAAUUAAAAGAGGAUACCAUACGCGCGGCUUUUCUACCUUUUGGCCCAAUAAAAUCGAUCAACAUGUCUUGGGAUCCCAUCACUCAGAAGCACAAAGGUUUCGCCUUUGUUGAAUAUGAAAUUCCUGAAGGUGCACAAUUAGCAUUGGAGCAAAUGAAUGGCGCAUUAAUGGGUGGCCGUAACAUUAAGGUGGGCCGGCCUAGUAAUAUGCCACAAGCACAGCAAGUUAUUGAUGAGAUACAAGAGGAAGCAAAGAGUUUCAAUCGCAUUUAUGUUGCCUCCAUACAUCCAGAUUUAUCCGAAGAGGAUAUCAAAAGUGUUUUUGAAGCAUUUGGUCCUAUUUUAUAUUGCAAAUUGGCGCAGGGAACAUCAUUGCAUACACACAAAGGUUAUGGUUUCAUUGAAUAUGCCAACAAACAGGCAAUGGAUGAAGCUAUCGCCAGCAUGAAUUUGUUCGAUUUGGGCGGCCAAUUACUGAGAGUGGGCCGUUCGAUUACACCGCCUAAUGCUUUGGUUUGCGCUUCUACGAAUUCCACAAUGCCCACAGCCGCUGCUGUGGCCGCCGCUGCCGCCACCGCUAAGAUACAGGCACUUGAUGCAGUUGCCAGCAACGCGGUGCUUGGCCUUUCUGCAACUACUCCCACACUGGGUAUUUCUCCAUUAGCUGCAGCAGCUAAGGUGGGUGCAUUGCCAAUUGCUGCUGCCAGUGCAUUACAUCCACCAGGUCUUGCCGUACCUGCUGCUACUGGCGGUGCCGCUGCAUUCCUUCCCGCUGGCGUCUUCCAAGCGCCAGCAGCCCUACCACCAAAUCUAUUGGGUGCCGCACCUGGUAUGCCAAAUGUGACCACUGCUGCUGCACCAGUUGUUGUUACACAAACCGCUCUACUAGCAACACCAACUAUGGGCGCACCUUCAAUGGCUACAAUUGGUAAUCUUGGUGCUGGUACAGUAUUGGGUGCUGAAGCCGCCCAACACGCAGCGGCUGCUGCAGCCGCGGCAGUAAGUGCAAAUGCCGCAGCCGCCGUGGCCGCCGCGAAUAAUGUGACAGCGAUGCAUAACUUACAAUCCGCUAAUUCAGAGCAACUGAAAAAGGCGCACGAGAAGGCACAGCAGGAGGAAUUGCAAAAAAAAUUAAUGGAUGAGGGUGAAACGCAGACGCUACAGCAGCAGGAGAAUAUGUCGAUUAAGGGCCAGAGCGCACGGCAGCUAGUUAUGCAGAGGCUAAUGCGACCACAAGAGUCACGUGUGAUCAUACUGCGAAACAUGGUCGGUCCAGAGGAUGUAGACGAAACACUGCAAGAGGAGAUACAAGAAGAGUGCACAAAAUUCGGCACUGUUAGCCGUGUGAUAAUUUUCAAUGAAAAACAAACGGAGAACGAAGAUGAUGAAGAAGCUGAAAUAAUUGUUAAAAUAUUUGUCGAGUUUUCAAGCGCUAUUGAGGCAAUGCGUGGACGGGAUGCUUUACACGGACGCUUCUUUGGUGGGCGCCGCGUUGUUGCCGAACUAUAUGAUCAAUCACUUUUUGAUCAUGGUGAUCUAUCGGGUUAGAAUAUAAUUUUCGGUGAAAUGAGAAAAAGUGUGCCCAAUAAUAGUGGUAAAAAAUUAAAAACAUCAUGCUGCAAAUGUAUAUGGUAUUGUACCAAAUCCCCGUCAUUGCUUUCAUACUUAACAAACGAGUGUUUUUAAGGUUUUCCUUUUAUGUGCACUAAUUGUCUACAGCUGAAGUUUUCUUCGACAUUACCAUUUCUAGUUCCCCCCUUAAACCUUUGACCGUUGACGAUGUAAUGAAUGUAUUCGCGUGUAAAAUGCCGUUAAAUUAAGUAAAGAAGAAAUAUCUUAAUUUCUGUAAAAUUACUAAUAAAUAUGUUAAGUAUUUAAACAAUAA